AUGCCUCAUAAUCAUUCUCAUAGCACUUCUAACUCACCAAACCUUCAUCAACUCACUCAUCAUCAAUACACAUCUCUUCCACAACCCCAUUUCAGUCCUUCAAGACAGAACUUUCUUGAUUCUGCUAUGGUUUAUUCUGAUCAGAGAAAAGGCUCUAGAGUUCCUUAUAACAAUCUUCCACGUUACCCUCCAAUUCUAGAAACUAUGAGUUUAGAUCAUUUUCCAGUUCAAGAAAUCAAAACAAGUACAUCAAGACUUCCAUCUCUUCCACCCCCUAAGAAGGAUUUAUUGAAGACAUCAUCAAUCACAACCUUGGCUGAAGAUUAUGUUCCAUUAAAUUCUAUUGGAACACUUCGAUCAUUUAAUACAUCCACUAAACUUGAUGAAAACCGUUCUAAUACCUUACCUACUCUUACUUCCUAUCCUGAAUCUUCUUCAGCUCAGUCUUUUAGUUCUAAAAAACCUUUUCGCCAACUCACACCCACACCCUUACACCUUAUGUCAGUUCCAUCAAUCGAGCCAAAACCACUUAUCAAACGAUUUCAUCUUCCUACUUCAUCAGAUCAUUUUCCUAAAUCCCCAAUCUCAGCUUUUUAUGAACCUAAGAUGCUUACUCUCCAAACCGAUCCAAUAACCUUACCAACUUCAAGUUUAGUACACGAAUCUGAACUUAUCUUACGACCUUGUACAAGUUUUGAAAAAACCUUUCAAAGGGAUCAGUCACUUAGGAAUACGGAUUUAAUUAAUCAAACUCAUUCACAAGAAUCUAUUGGAUUUGUUUAUGAUCCUACAAGUUUGGUUAGCAAUUUUACAGAUGAAGAAACGUUUUAUCAUGCUCAACUUACUAAAGAACAUAAAGAUUUGAUUAGGUUUAGGAUUUGUAGGUUUAGGAAUAGAUCUUCUUGUGUUUCUAAACUUGAGAAAUUACCGGGUAGGUUUGGUAAACUUUUUAAAGUCGAUGAUUAA